AACUUACAAACCCAGGACCAACCCCCACAAUUGGAGCCAUAAGCCAGCACGAAGGCAAUACCGGUGUUCGGGCCAGUGCACCCAGGUUCGAGUAAUUUGGGUUCGUGUCAGCCACGUCCGAUGUCUAACAACAUUUUCCUGUUGUACAGUCCGAUGACGACAACCAGACCAACUAUCCAGCCUGCUGUCGAAGAUGAUGAAGAGGACGAUGAAGAGUACGACGAUGACGAUGGCGACGACCAGCUAACACUCGCUCAAGUUGUGAAGGAAUGGAACGUUGAAAAUGUUUGCCUGUGGCUGCAUGAGGACGUUGGAGUACCUGAAGUCGUGCUUCGUUUCCAGCAGAAACAGUGUAAUGGUGAGAUGUUACUUGAGUUAACGGAGAGUGAUCUGAUCAACGACUUCGGAGUCAAAGACCGAGUACAGCGUGAGCGUAUCCUGAGUGCCAUCGAGGCAAUAAAUACAAGCGCAUUUUCCGAUGAGGACGACGAAGAGGACGACGAAGAUGAACUCGAGGAAAGUGAAGAGCACCAUACAUCACAUAUGAGGCACUCUACUGGAGGAGUUUAUUCCCACCCACGGGACAUUCUACAGCGCAGAUCUCAGCCAUCCCCCCAACGAUUAUUCGGAGGCCAAUUACCAUCGUCCAACGACAUGCUUCGGCGGAUAAGCAGUGCUCUGGAGAGUCCAAAACGUUAG